AUGACCGGUGGAGGCUACGAGCGAUCAAGAAUGGAGCAUUGUGUUGGGCUCUUCUUUGAUCCUCCACCACCUCCAAGAUGGCUCUCCGAUGAUGAACACAUGAAGAAUAAGGUAGACAAGAAUCUUUGUAGAGACAUGCUUCGUGUAGUUGGCGAAAUACGAAAUAAAUGGGGCGAAUUGUUCAUUG